AAAAGAGGGAUCAGAUGGUUCUUUGUUAUAGGGACAAUUCAUGACGCCUUUGUAUCUUAGUCAGAAAGAGCUUUUUCCCAGUGCUCAGACCCUACAGUGAAUGUACGAAGAUUGUAAGAGGAAUAUGUCUUGCUGAAUGAACCUGGAAACAACCAUUUUCCCCCUUUGGUAGGUAUGGUACUGGUAGGAAUAGAGAUGUGCCAAUAUCUGUGGCUAUUGGCGUUGCGUGAAGGACCCUGCCUGGUGCUUGUCAUGAGGAGAAUGAAGGCUGAAAGGAGUGGGAAGAGCGCGUAGGGCCCAAGCGGAGAUGGUGUGAACGACUGAAACGGUAUCAGCAGCUUGUGUUACUCGUUUACCACGUCACACCACCUACGCCAAUACAGACAGAGGUUGGGAACUAUGUACCGCCUGCAUGGGAGUGCUCACGUGAGGCCAUCUGUGCACAUAUGUGCACAGUGACAACGUACGCCUGGCUUGCCGAGGGAAAGCGCACGCACCCGCCUGCCUUCUCACGUGGGAUUCUGCCUCGGCAGAGUUGCCAACUCAGGCUUGGCUCCCACGUUUCUACUCCUGCUGGCCUUGCCCCUGGGAGCCCCCUCGUGCCCUAUGCUGUGCACCUGCUACUUUUCUCCGCCCACCGUCAGCUGCCAGGCCAACAACUUCUCCUCCGUGCCACGGGUCCUGCCACCCAACGCUCAGCGCCUCUUUCUGCAAAACAAUCUGAUUGGGACCCUGCGGCCAGGGAUGUUUGGGCCCAGCCUCACCACUCUGUGGCUCUACUCCAACAAUAUCUCCUCCAUCCAGCCAGGUACCUUCCGCCACCUGCAGGGUCUGGAGGAGUUGGACCUGGGGGACAACCGCAAUUUACGCACUCUGGACCCAGACACUUUCCGUGGCCUGGAACGGCUCCAGUCUCUACACCUUUACCGCUGUCAGCUGAGUAGCCUACCGACCACCAUCUUCCGCAAUCUUUUCAGCCUCCAGUACCUCUAUCUGCAGGAGAACAAUCUCCUUUGCCUGCAGGAUGACCUUUUUGUGGACUUGGCUAACCUGAGCCAUCUUUUCCUCCAUGGCAACAAGAUCUGGCAGCUCUCAGAAAACGUCUUCCGGGGCCUGUCAGGAUUAGACCGCCUGUUGCUCCACAGGAACCGCCUGCAUGCUAUUCCCACGUGGGCCUUCCGUGACCUGGGCAAGCUCACCAUCCUGUAUUUGUUUAACAAUAGCCUGGCCACCCUCUCUGGAGAAACCCUCUCCGACUUGCCCUCCCUGGAAUUCCUGCGCCUCAACAACAACCCGUGGGCCUGUGACUGCCGCUCCCGCUCCCUGUGGGCUUGGUUCCAGCGCACACGGGUCUCCGUCUCUGACGUCCUGUGCGCAUCCCCUGCAGAGCGCAAAGGACGGGAUAUGCGUUACCUCAACGAAGAGGUCUUUCAGAACUGCCCUCUAGUCAGCCACCACCACCCUGUUGGCUUUGACUGGGGCUGUCGGCCUGAAUGGGAGAAUGGAGCCGUUCACCCCCACCCCCACCCGCACCCUCGUCCUCAUCCCAAUGGCUCAUCCAAUCACCUCUAUGGCCUCGGAGGGUCUCCUCCUGCAGAUCCAUCCUCCUUCUAUAGGGACGUGCCAGCCAAUGACAUCCGCAGCCCCAAGUAUGACCCACCCACGGAAGAUGACCAUUGGGGGGGCUAUGGUAAUGAAGAAGGAGGGCAGCUGAAAAAGGGGUGCCCAGGACCGGGCUGUUCUUCUCUGGACUCGGGGGCUAUCAGGAUUGGCGCCCUCUCACUUCCCUUUCCCUGCUUACUGAUGCUGUGGGGGCCUUCCUGGUUUUGACACUGGAGGGUGGCCGCCCUGCUAGUUGGCUUUGGGGACUGAGACUGAGAGAUCCACACCAGGGAUGGAUCUCCACUCGGCACUUAGCUGAGGCCAAAGUGUUUAACCUUUGCCCUGUCACAGGGAUCAAGGAAGACUAGAUCCAUUGCUGCUGCUGCUGCUGCUUUCCUGACCAAUUAAAACUAGAGCCACUUUCUGGGUGGCGUCUGUCAUAUUUCUGGAACAUAUGGCAAAAGUGCUCCUCUUUUUUAAUUUUUGGGAUAUUGCAUAACUUUCCCUUUCAAGAUGUUCUCUAAAUGCUCUUUCUUACUGGGUCUUUCCGAGGCUUCUCUGGCUUCUGUCUCCAGGAAAAAGCAAGGCUCUCUUCUGUGCAUGUGAAGGAAGUAUGGGAUGUAUGAGAAACCAAUGUUCAGGGGCCUCGCUUCUUUCUACAGAAUCCUACCAUGCACAAAAGUGCCUGCUUUGCCCAAGUGGAUGCUGAUCCUUCACCUGAAAGGCAGAAACACUGUCCCCUUCCAGAGCUUAAGAAGACUCUAGGGCCCUCCUCACUCUUGACUCCUCCCCAUUAUCUUUUCAUUUUUCUUUUUCUUUCUUUUCUUUUUCUUCUUUGGUGGGAACUCCAAGGGACCAAUUCACAUAAUCAGUUAUGCUGGUUACCAAGUGGAAAGUUUUGCUGAUUAACCUCAGACUUUUUGGGGGCUCAUGUUCAACAUGAUGAUGAAGGUUGCUCUGCCAAGUGUUUUGCCCAUCCUCAUCAGAAGGUGGCGAGCUCUUCAGAGGUUUUAACACCAUCUAUCAGAGAGAUACAAUAAGGCUGGAUUUCUUGUGUGGGGUGGACUAAAUGACCUUUGCGGUCCCUUUCUGCUCUGAUUAAAUCUUUAGACAACAACAAGAUUGCGUGAAUUGGCCCUUUGUCAAUAACAUUUGAGUUUGUCUUUCCUCUGGUGCCUCUAUCUAUUCAUCCUCUUUUUAGCCAAAAAGGAGGAAACAGGUUGGUUAAAGACUAAUGAAAUGCAUAGAAUUGCUAUGAGGGGAGUGUUAGUUAAGGCCAUAGUGCUGACUGGCAGGAAGUUAAUUUGGGGAGAUUAGCUUGCACUUUCCCCAUCCACAUACCCAUUGUGCUCACGGCAGUAGAUCCUGAUCUAGCCCACCACUAACUGGCUAUUGAGAGAGACCGAGGCUGAAACACCUCUUCUUUCUGGCUUAUUCAAAAUACUCUUCUCACAUUGUUAUUUUUUUUGGGGGGGGGGACUGAGGCUGUGGAGCACAUCUGUGACUGUUAUCACCUGGAUUUGUCACAGAGUGUAUACUUGACAGGGUAACAUGAUUGGUUUUGGCUCCUUAGUGUGUACCACUAAGAUAGAAAUGUUUCUGGCAAUCAAAAGCUUUCUUUGUAAUGAUGUACACCUCAGUCAUGAAAUGUACAAAAAAGGCCUCAAUUGAGCAAAUCAUGAAAAUUUCAGAACCCAAGCUAAUUCCAAAUACCUAUAGGUUUUUACAGGCUUAGGUUUGAAUGUCAGCCUCUACUUACAUCUUAUUAGCCUGGAAUAUUAUUUCUUUCCAAUAUUUAUAUACUGCCUUUCAACCCAAACUCCUCCAUGUGGUUUACAGAGUAAAACUGGACAAUUAAAACAUCUGAAUACUGAUGCUUUUGCUACACAUUUUCUUGUGCUCUCUUUGGUGGGCAGGAUGUUGUUUGAAGGAGAAAUCGUAAGAGUGGCCUCUGGGAUUCAAGAGUUCUUAGAGGCGAGGCUGCUGUAGGGGCUGUGGGGGGAAAGACAGAAAGACUCCAGUCGCUACUGUUGUAGCUUGGUCUGGCCGACAGAAGCUAUAAGACUGUGCUGCAUGUGAGAUGCUUUAACGGUCCAGCAUCAGGACAGGAAGGCUUCAAAUCUUCAUGUCCAAGGUGGGUGGGAGCUAUGUAAAGGCUGGCUUGAGGAUGACAAUAUGAAAGGUACAAGCAAACAAAAACCAGUCAUUAAUACCUUAAACACCAAUCCAUUUAUUCUGGCAUCUGGUGUUGAAUGCAGAGUGAAAAGGCCUUCAACCUAUGGGCAUUUACCCCAUAAUAAAUGUAUUAACUUUUGGGAUGGUGCAGGAUAUUUGCUGUGUUUACCAGG